AUGGCCGAUGCAUACGAAUACGAUGUGGAGGACGAGGAGCUGUACGAGGACGACGACGGCAUCGCCUCCUCGGACUGCUGGGCCGUCAUCACCUCCUUCUUCGACACAAAGGGCCUGGUCUCGCAGCAGCUCGAUUCUUACGAUGAGUUCACGCGCAAUACCAUUCAGGACAUCGUGUCAGAGAACGGUAACGUCAUCCUCGACCAGAACACAAACUCCUACGACGACGACCAUAAUCCCAUCAUCAAGCGCCGCUACCAAAUCUCCUUUGGCCGUGUCUUUCUGGCGCGCCCUUCGCACACCGAAGGCGAUGGCACGACCAUCCAGCUAUACCCGCACGAGGCGCGAUUGCGCAACCUCACGUAUUCUUCGGCCAUGAUGGCGAACAUCGACAACAAGAUCAUGGUGGCGCGCGAGGUCAAAGGCAUGGAUGAAGAGGACGAUGACGUGGAGCAAUUCGGGGGUUCGCAGAUCAAGUGGGAGCGGGAAGAUCUUCCAUCGAGUGACAGCGCGGAAAACAGGGUGUUCCUCGGGAAGCUGCCGGUCAUGCUUCGCUCGGAGCUGUGCCACCUGCGAAGUCAGAACGACGAGGCGCUUUUCGGGCUCAACGAGUGCCCGUACGAUCAGGGUGGCUACUUCGUCAUAAACGGCAGUGAGAAAGUGUUGAUCGCCCAGGAGCGCAGCGCCGCGAACAUCGUUCAAGUUUUCCGCAAGAAGCAAGGGCCGGUGCCAUGGACAGCUGAAAUACGCAGCGCCGUAGAGAAGGGUACACGUCUCAUUUCAUCUUUCAACAUCAAAUGGGCAGAGAAUUCGCUCCUCCAGCCGCGAACACCGGGUCCCUUCGCGUACGGCUUGCUCCCAUACGUCAAAUCCGAUGUGCCAAUGGGCAUCGUUUUCCGUGCGCUCGGCGUAGUAUCGGAUGAGGACAUUCUGAACCACAUCUGCUAUGAUCGGAACGAUACAGCUAUGAUGGAACUCUUGAAACCUAGCAUUGAAGAAGCCUCCGUGGUGCAGGACAGGGACAGCGCUUUGAACUGGCUUGGUAGUCGAGCACAGGGCAACCAGCAGGGUCCGAGAGACAAGCGUCUCAAGUUUGCGCGAGAUAUCAUGCAAAGAGAAUUCCUGCCGCAUAUUUCACAACGGGAAGGCCAGGACACGCGAAAGGCGUUCUUCUUCGGCUACAUGCUUCACCGAUUACUCCAGUGUGUAUUGGGUCGACGAGAAGAGGACGAUCGUGACCACUUUGGCAAGAAGCGUCUGGAUCUUGCCGGUCCUUUGAUCGCGAACUUGUUCCGCAUUUUGUUCCUCAAACUUACGAAGGACGUCUACAAAUAUCUUCAGCGAUGCGUGGAGAAUAAUCAAGAUUUCAACGUUCAGAUGGCUAUUAAGGCUAGCAUCCUUACUAACGGACUGAAGUACUCACUCGCCACUGGUAACUGGGGAGACCAGAAGAAGGCUGCCUCAGCCAAGGCCGGUGUAUCACAAGUGUUGAAUCGGUAUACCUAUGCAUCCACCUUGUCCCAUCUGCGGCGAACGAAUACACCGGUCGGUCGAGACGGCAAGCUAGCCAAACCUCGCCAGCUUCACAACAGUCACUGGGGUCUUGUUUGUCCUGCUGAGACACCCGAAGGACAAGCUUGUGGACUUGUCAAGAAUCUGUCACUCAUGUGCUACGUCAGUGUUGGCAGUGAAAGCGCGCCCAUCAUCGACUACAUGACGGGUCGUAACAUGGAGCUUCUCGAGGAGUACGACCCUAUAAUGAACCCAAGUGCUACUAAAGUCUUCGUCAAUGGUGUGUGGGUGGGAACACACAAUAAUCCGCAACAGCUAGUCACGAACGUACAAGAACUUCGCCGGAACGGAACGCUAUCGUACGAAAUGAGUUUGAUUCGAGAUAUCCGAGAUCGUGAGUUCAAGAUCUUCACGGAUGCUGGUCGCGUUAUGAGGCCGCUUUUUACUGUUGAAAACGACACCAAGAAGCCGAACAAGGAUCACUUGAUCUUCAACCGGAGUCAUCUCGAGAAGCUCUUGGCCGACAAGGAAAUAGACACAUCUGGCAUGAACGAUGAGGAUACAGACCACUACAAGUAUGGAUGGAAAGGCCUCCUCCAUGAUGGUUGUGUGGAGUAUCUCGAUGCCGAGGAAGAAGAGAGUGCCAUGAUUGUCAUGUCGCCCGAAGACUUGACUGAAUGGCGUGAAGUGGCUAAGGAGGGUAUGCCUGAAGCUGGAAAGCCAGACUAUACAAAGGAGGAGUUCAAGUCCCUACGUCUUGCGCCUCUCAAACCGCCGGUUAACCGCACUGUCAACGCGUACACCCACUGCGAGAUCCAUCCUGCCAUGAUCCUUGGUAUCUGCGCCAGUAUCAUCCCAUUCCCUGACCACAAUCAGUCUCCUCGUAACACUUACCAAUCCGCUAUGGGUAAACAAGCUAUGGGUGUCGCGCUAACGAACUACGCACUGCGCAUGGAGACCAUGAUGAAUGUUUUAUACUAUCCUCAAAAACCUUUGGCAACCACGCGUUCUAUGGAAUACCUUAGGUUCCGUGAGCUGCCCGCUGGACAGAACGCCAUCGUAGCUAUUGCGUGUUACUCUGGGUACAACCAAGAAGAUUCCGUCAUCAUGAACCAGAGCAGUAUUGAUCGCGGUCUUUUCAGGAGUUUGUUCUACCGCGCAUAUACAGAGCAAGAGAAGCGCAUCGGUGUCAAUGUCUUGGAGCAAUUUGAGAAACCGACGCGCAUGGAUACGAUGAGGAUGAAGGGUGGCACAUACGACAAACUCGAUGAUGACGGCAUUGUCGCGCCGGGUGUUCGUGUCUCCGGCGACGAUAUCAUCAUUGGAAAGACGGCACCUAUUCCAAUGGACGAUGCUAAGGAGUUGGGUCAAAAGUCGGCCAACCACACGAAGCGCGAUGUAUCCACUCCGCUGAGAAGCACGGAGAACGGGAUCGUUGACCAAGUCCUCUUCACUACGAACACAGAAGGUCUGCGAUUCGUCAAAGUGCGCACGCGAACUACCAAGGUACCACAAAUCGGUGAUAAAUUCGCCUCACGUCACGGUCAAAAGGGUACCAUUGGUAUCACGUACCGUCAUGAAGACAUGCCUUUCACUCGGGACGGUCUCACACCGGAUAUUGUCAUCAAUCCCCAUGCCAUUCCAUCUCGUAUGACUAUUGCCCACUUGGUCGAGUGUUUGCUGUCCAAGGUCGGCGCAAUCAAUGCACAGGAAGGUGACGCAACUCCUUUCUGUGGUGUCACUGUGGACCAUGUCUCCGAUCUUUUGCAGGCGGCGGACUUCCAGAAGCGCGGUUUCGAAAUCAUGUAUAACGGCCACACAGGUCGGAAGAUGCGAGCCCAGGUUUUCCUGGGUCCUACGUACUACCAGCGCCUGAGGCAUAUGGUCGACGACAAAAUCCACGCUCGUGCGCGUGGACCUCUCCAGAUCCUGACUCGACAGCCUGUUGAGGGUCGUGCGCGUGACGGCGGUCUUCGUUUCGGAGAGAUGGAGCGCGAUUGCAUGAUCGCGCACGGUGCGGCGGCGUUCCUCAAAGAGCGUCUUUUUGAGGUCUCGGAUGCGUACAGGGUCCAUGUGUGCGACAUUUGUGGAUUGAUGAGCCCGAUUGCCCAAAUCAAGAAGGGUCAAUACGAAUGCCGUCCGUGCCACAACAAGACGCGCAUCAGCCAGAUCCAGAUUCCCUACGCCGCUAAGCUUCUCUUCCAGGAGCUUAUGGCUAUGAAUAUCGCCACCCGCAUGUUCACCAACCGCUCUGGUCUCAGUGUGAGAGACUAG